AUGGGCAUGUGGUCUCUGGGUCUGGGGGCUGUAGGCGCCGCCCUCGCUGGCAUCUUCUUGGUCAACUCCAGUUUGACACUCCCCAAAGUAGGCCAAGCCUCGCUUGAACAUCUUGCCGAUGCCGACCUGCUCUCCACUGUUGACGAUGGCAAGGUCAUCAAAGCAAAGACUCUGUGGGAAAAGAACGGCGCCGUCAUCAUGGCCGUGCGGCGGCCCGGAUGAUUUUUGUGCAGAGAGGAGGCUUCUGAGCUGUCCUCUCUGAAGCCCCAGCUGGAAGAGCUUGGGGUCCCUCUGGUGGCCGUGGUGAAGGAGCGUGUCGGCACAGAGAUCCAGGACUUCCAACCGCACUUCGCUGGGGACAUAUACAUCGACCAGAAGAAACAUUUCUACGGUGCAAAAAUGGGCGCUUUGGGGCUCCUGCGCUUUGGAGUGUUGCAGAACUUCAUGCGGGCCUGGAGCGCCGGUUACCAGGGGAACAUGUUGGGAGAAGGCUUCAUUCUGGGGGGUGUCUUUGUCAUCGGUGCGGGAGAUCAGGGAGUCCUGCUGGAGCACCGCGAGAAGGAGUUCGGCAACAAAGUGGACAUGGCGGAGGUUCUCCAAGCAGCCAGGAAAAUAUUACCUCGCAAAUAA